AUCUGCAUGACCCUCUCCGUCAGACCGGAUCCGGCUGCUCUUCUGGAUUUAGUCGCUGAAGGUUCGGGACGCUUUCGGCUCACAGAGCUUCAGUCCAUGAGGAGAGAAAGAGUGUAUCAGCGUCAUUCUGAAGAGACACUUUCCACCGAACUCUUGACAACAGGGGUCUUUGAUCCACAAUGCGGACCCCCAAAAUCCUGCUAAUGGCCGCCGUAUCCUGUGUGCUGAUUGGUGGAGGAAACUGUCAAUCAAACUCAUCCGAUGGCUUCCAGCUCUCCGCCGACCCCAGCUCAGGUCACCGGUCUCCGACGCCGCCCUCGGGGUCAAACCGCGUGACCUCUGACCCCAGAGCUGUCGGGUCGGUUCGCGUCCGGCCGCUAUCGCGGCCCCCAGCGUGUCUGAGGAGGACCUACAUCGAGGGCUUGUUCAAAUACGUCAACACCGUCCUGUCCUGCCUCAUCUUCGUGGUGGGGAUGGUGGGAAACGCCACGCUGCUGAGGAUCAUCUACCUCAACAAGACCAUGAGGAACGGCCCGAACGCUCUGAUCGCCAGCCUGGCGCUGGGAGACCUCAUCUACAUCGCCAUCGACAUACCCAUCAACGUCUAUAAGCUGCUGGCGAUGCGGUGGCCCUUCGAUGACAGUGUGUUCGGUCUGUUCCUGUGCAAACUCAUGCCGUUUCUACAGAAAGCGUCAGUCGGAAUAACGGUUCUCAAUCUGUGUGCGCUCAGUGUGGACAGGUAUCGUGCGGUAGCGUCGUGGAGUCGUGUUCAGGGUGUGGGGAUCCCUGUGUCCACGGCUGUGGAGAUCGUGUGUAUUUGGCUGCUGGCUGUAGUUCUGGCCGUUCCGGAGGCCAUCGGCUUCAAAAUGGUCAUUUUCGACUACAACAACGUCACCAUCCGCACCUGCAUGCUGAAACCAGAGACACCCUUCAUGACGUUCUACAGGGACGUGAAGGUCUGGUGGUUGUUUGGCUUUUAUUUCUGCGUGCCGCUGGUUUGUACGGCCGUCUUCUACACACUCAUGACCUGUGAGAUGCUGAGCAACAGGAAGGGCAGCCUGAAGUUUUCUCUGAGCGAACACCUCAAGCAGAGGCGUGAGGUGGCGAAGGCCGUGUUUUCUCUGGUGCUGAUCUUCGCUCUCUGCUGGUUUCCGCUGCAUCUCAGUCGCAUCCUCAAGAAGAUGGUUUAUUUUCAGAACGACGUCGGCCGCUGCGACCUGCUGAAUUUCUUGCUGGUGUUUGAUUACCUGAGUAUAAAUCUGGCCACCAUCAACUCCUGCAUCAAUCCCAUAAUCCUCUACUUCGUCAGCAAGAAGUUCAAGAACUGCUUCAGGUCGUGUUUGUGUUGCUGGUGUUAUCCGGGCGGCUCGCUCUUGAGCAGCGUCGUGCCCCUGAACGGGACCAGCUUCCAGUACAAGAGCCCUGAUCAGAACGGCUUAUCGGACCGGACCGCGCUGCGCAAGGACAGCUACAACUGACCUCAACCACACCCUGACUACAGAGAUAUCAACAUAUAUAUUUAUAUAAUUAUAUCUACUGCACUGGUUAACUGUGUGCAUACUAUUAUGACAAAGAAAGUGCAUCUUUUUGUGGUGUAUGCAUCAUAUUUUGUAAACAUAAACAUGCAUUUUCAAUGUGCUGUAAGUGAUUUCAGAUGUUUCACAAACUGCCCAGCUAACAGGGAAUAUUCUCAGAACGUUCUGGAAAGGUUCUCUCAAAGUUAUAAACAAACUUACGUUUAUAGAACGUUCAUUCAAAGAUAUCUAGUCUUUAAUAACAUUCUCAAAACGUUCACACAAAAACAUUAUUUAUACGUCAUUCAUGGAACGCGUUUUCUUUUUUUUGGGAACCAUUAUUUUAUUUAGCAGUCAGUUCAAUAUAGAGGAACGAGUUUUCUGAAACGUUUUAAUUGGAGAUUAAUCUAACUUUCUUAAAACUGCUAGACUAAUAAUGUUCUCAAAACAUUAGCACAAAAAAAAAAAAAGAAAUUUUCUGAAACAUCUUAGUUGAGCAUUCACCUAACGUUUUUUGUUAGAGAAACUAAUAACAUUCUCAAAAUGUUAGCACAA